ACUGGGAUCGGCAGGUGGCAAGUGUUGUUCGGUGGUAGAGGCGGCAAGAUGGCGGCGCCCGGGGGCUCCGCUGCCGCCUCAGUGUUGAAGGGGUUAAUUCAGCAAUUCACCGCCAUCACGGGUGCCAGUGAAAGUGUAGGCAAGCAUAUGCUUGAAGCAUGCAACAAUAAUCUGGAAAUGGCUGUCACUAUGUUCCUUGAUGGUGGAGGAAUUGCUGAAGAACCCAGUACUAGUUCUGCAAGUGUAUCAAACCUGCGACCGCAUACAGAAGAUGAAGUGAGGGCACCAAUUCCUCAAAAACAAGAAAUUCUGGUAGAACCAGAACCCUUAUUUGGUGCACCAAAAAGACGCAGACCAGCUCGUUCGAUAUUUGAUGGCUUUCGGGACUUCCAGACAGAAACUAUUCGGCAGGAGCAAGAAUUGAGAAAUGGAGGAGCCAUAGAUAAGAAGCUCACCACCCUUGCAGAUCUCUUCAGGCCUCCAAUUGAUUUGAUGCACAAAGGAAGCUUUGAAACAGCCAAGGAGUGUGGUCAAAUGCAGAACAAGUGGCUCAUGAUUAAUAUUCAGAAUGUGCAGGAUUUUGCCUGUCAGUGUCUCAAUCGUGAUGUUUGGAGCAACGAUGCUGUAAAAAAUAUUAUCCGGGAACACUUCAUUUUUUGGCAGGUAUACCAUGACAGCGAGGAAGGACAAAGAUAUAUACAAUUCUACAAAUUGGGAGAUUUCCCGUAUGUGUCUAUCCUGGACCCUAGGACAGGGCAGAAACUAGUGGAAUGGCAUCAGUUAGAUGUAACUUCUUUUUUGGACCAAGUGACUGGGUUCCUAGGUGAACAUGGACAACUGGAUGGACAUUCCACCAGCCCUCCCCAGAAACGCACUCGCUCAGAGAGUUUAAUUGAUGCAAGUGAAGAUAGCCAGUUGGAAGCUGCAAUCAGAGCAUCAUUGCAGGAAACACAUUUUGACUCUGACCAAAUCAAGCAGGAGAGCAGAUCAGAUGAAGAGUCUGAAUCGGAGCUUUUCUCUGGAAGUGAGGAGUUUAUUUCUGUUUGUGGUUCUGAUGAUGAUGAGCCAGAAAAUUCUGCCAAGUCUAGAAAAUCCCCACACAAGGAUUUGGGAUGUAGGAAAGAGGAAGGCAGAAGACCUCAACCUGAACCAACAUCAAGAACUGAACCUGAGAUAAUAAUAAACCACAGAGGACUAUCUUGCAUUGAUUCAGGGGUGCUAGAAGAAACUGGAGCUAAGCCAGAUGGUUCACAGAAGGAACCGAAUGUGAAUGGACCAAAAGCACAACUAAUGCUAAGAUAUCCAGAUGGGAAGCGGGAACAGAUUUCAUUGCCUGAACAAGCAAAGCUUCUGGCUCUCAUCAAACAUGUACAGUCAAAAGGAUACCCCAAUGAACGUUUUGAACUCCUCACCAACUUUCCCCGGAGGAAACUUUCCCAUCUGGACUAUGACAUCACAUUACAGGAGGCUGGUCUUUGUCCACAAGAAACUGUAUUUGUACAGGAAAGGAAUUAGUUUCCUCCCAUAUCAUCUUUGCCUACAGUACUAACUCACUACAUAUGCAGAAUUGAAAGCAGGCAGCCAUUUGCUGAUUUCUCUUUCUUCCCAUUCUUUAUGCUAUUCUUAACAAGCGAACGAAGUGAAAUCAGCAGAAAAAGUUCAUUCGGCAUUAAUGCUGGAAGAGGGCUUAUGUGUUCAGUAGUUUGUUGCUGUUUCAGAAUAAAGUUGCCUGUACAUCCAGCAUGCUGCAGACAGAGAAUAUCAAGAGCAAGAAAUAUUCUUCCUCCCCUGAGAAAAACAAAUGUUUUCUUUAAUAUAUUUAUUUUUCAAAGGUCAUGUGACCAGGCAUUAAGGAAUUCUUCAGACAACCAUCUCAAUAUGUGCAGUCUGCAUGGAAGAGAUGCAUCAUUUCGUUUUCAGCAUGUGUUUUUUUUUUCCUCCUGGGAUCCCCACAUGUUCUGAAAUCAGAAUGCUUCCUGUACUGCUGCUGGUUGCAUGUAAUAAAUUGUCAUGUAUUUAUUAUGCACAGGCUUUUUAGGAAAGGAGCACAGGCCUAAAUGACUAUGUGAAGAGAUUCUGUGUUUUGGUUACAUGCGAAGAGAAAAACAAAUGAAGUGCUGUUUCAUUGCCCAAGUAGCCCUUCAUAAGUCAUAGCAAGUGUUGUUGGAGAAGGGGCAUAGAAUGUGGAACAUUAAAGUGUCUAUUUUAAAUUGAUUUGUAUGUACUACUUUUGUUACGGAGGAGUGAGGUAAUAAAAAUAAUAGAUGUAGUCAGUAGUAUAAAGUAUCCUUGUGUAGCCUAGCUCUGCGGGGCUUUUUCCUUUUCACAAUUAAAAUUAUAGAAAGGGAAUUGAUUUCUCUUUUUUUUCCCCCAAAAUAUUACCAGCAGUGAAACAUUCACAGAAUGAAUGUGAAACUUAUAAAACCUCUUCUGUCAUAACUUAAAGCUGUUUUCAUUCUCUAUGCCACUUUUUGGAAGUCUCUCCCAUUGACAUUUAGUGAACGUGCAUAGAUGCUGGGCUCCAAGCAAGCAUUUUUGUGUUUUUUCAGUAAUUCUGAAAUCUUUUUGAUUAACAAUUAAAUAUAGUUAAUUAAGUUAAUCAAAUUUAAUUAAGUAAAGUACAAACAAACAUGGUUUUCCAACAAUAAAAACUGUUUGAAAAACUCAAAUUAAGAAACAGCUGCUUGCCAUCAUUUGUUCUAAAUGGCCAAAAAAUUAUAGAUGUGCUCCAGGUUUGAACAAUGGUAGGUAAGGUUUGGAUCAUUUGAGUCUGGUAAUAUUUACAUUGUAUGGAUUGUAUUACCACUACAUUUGGUUAAUCCAUGUAUACGAGCUUGAGGAUCAAAGAUACUUACACUGCAUUGUAGAAUGAAAACAUUUCCCUCCUUAGUUUUUUUUCCCCCCCCUUACAGAUGCUAGCAACAAAUGUAAGAUAAAUGUAGUGUGGAUUAAUAGGUGUUUUACACAUACGCCACAAUUGCUUUUAUGUUCAAAACCAUACAGCUAAUAUAUUUCUAAAUUAAUGGAGACCCAGCAAUAUGCUCAGUAAGAAAUCUAGCUUUAAACAUGAAAUGUUUUUGGAAAUGGAUGCCCACGAACAUUUGAUACAUAGCUGAAAAAAAAUACUAAAGGUUGAUCUGUUAAAAUUUAUCUAGACAUUUGUAUCAAAUAUUGUCUCAUUCUUGUUGCUCUAACUUUUUUUACCCAUUUUAUCCUUUAUUUGUCCUUCAAUCUUCUUGUGACCUUUCCUCCUGCCUUGCCUUUCAGAAAUCUUUUAAAGUUCUUGGUCUGCUCUAGAAAGCUGCUCCUAUCUGUAUAGGACCUGUGUGAUGCUUCAUCCAAACCAACAAUUUGUUUGCUCAUACAUUAAUCAUAUGCUGAAAACUGGAAAUGUUUGUGGAAGUUCCAUGCCCUUGGAUAGACCCAGGUGUCAGUGGCUUUGCUGCAAAAGUUCAGUACAAGCUCUACUGCAUUUUCUGUCAUUGCUAUGUUUAAAGAAAACCUUGGAAAGUUUGCAGUAUAGUUCUUGCUCUAAUCAGAUUGCAAAAUAAAAUUGUGAGAAUAGAAUUCAUUAGCAGUUAUAAGCUACUGGAAGAAUGGCAGUGGUCAUAUCCAUAAAUCAUUCAACUAUUUUUUUUAAAAUCUCUGAACUCAAGUAUAAUUACUUGCCUUGUCCAGUAGUUUAUUCCAAUUUAGUCCCCCCACCCCACCCCACCCCAGAUCCAUGUGGUACUACUUAGUAAAGUAUAUCAGUGCCUCAUACUCAAGAAAAUUUUCCCCGAUGCUGAACUUGUAACGGUAUUUAUGCCAGUUGAGCUUUUCUGGAGAAGGAUUUCCACAAUUACUACUAAAAAGACACACUGUGAUUACCGUCCCCUGCACCUAAUCAUAAGUAGAGAACAUAUGAAUCACUCUAUGUGUGUUUUACUCUUUUGUUUUAUAACAGCGGCCAGUAGACAGGGCCUUUUCUCAGAAUUCUUGCAUCUAAUGGUGGCAUUGCUUUAAUGGAAAGUGCUUCCACUGAUGACAUUUGGGGCAGUUGCUCUCAGAAUCCCCUGAAGUUGCACUAGCAAAAUUUGGUAGCAUAUGUCUGAUAAUUAGAGGUGGGAUUUCACACUCACUGUUGUGCCUAAGACAAACAUAAGGUAAGCUUAUGUUAUCUUAUGUACAAGCUUAACACCAUGAGAAAAAGCACCCCAGAAAUCCCAGCCUGCCCACUUGUGCAAUAUGCUAUUCUUGCCAUUGCCUUGCCAACUGCAAGCUUUGGCCAGCCCACUCCCCCAAACGUGGACCCUGACUGCCCAAAGGUUGCCCAAUGCAGAUAAUAGAGAACCUCCUAAGUAAAACAACCACACAAGAUUUCUGACUUACUAAUGCUGCCGAGUAGAUCAUGCUAGAGACUAGGUAAGCAGCAAAACUGUUUGUACAGGUCUGCCAUUGUUCUUUCCCUUAAAAAAAAACUAAAAACUGGGAAUGAUAUGUUUGGGGUGGAGCUGAUCCAAACACAGAAACCAGGAUAACUGCAAAAAUGUUCUUGCUCUAAGACCUUUGGGCAAUUUCUCUUAACUUUAUCUUACACUCAUCAGAUCCCUUUAUUGGUUUUUAUUCUUAUCCUUAAAAAAGUUUAGCAGCAUACAGAAGGCCUUAUGUACGGUUCUAAGGUACUUGGAGUAAGGGAGAACUGUAGAAAGUGCCUUCCAAGCUAAAAAGCAGCACAUAAAUCUUAAUUAGGAACAAAAUGACUAUAAUUGGAUAUUUUAAAAGUUAUUGUUACUAGCCUUUUUACAGGUUUUUGUUUUAAAGCUUACUGUUAAGGAAUAUGGAUGCAAAUUAUGUAAAAUACAUUGUGUAUUCAUGCCUAAUUCUAGGUUGUCCUCUUAUGCCUCUAGACCUAAACAUCAUCCCAUGUUACAUAAUUUUCUCUAUGCUGUUAUUUCUAAAGAGACAAUUGUAGCAAGAUUGAACAGAACCCACUGGUAUGCGGGGGCUCCAGGGUUUCAGUUCUGCUAAAGCUGGUGAGUCAUCACCAAGAAUUCUGGGGGGACCGUUGGAGAAGCAGCCCUCCCUGCCCCACAGCUGACUGACAACUCACUCCAGGCACUUGGCGUUUAGGGAGUGUGUGAUGCAACCAGCUGAUAAACAACAAUGAUGUUUGACAUAAUUGACAAGCCUAGCAUCUAAAGAAUCAUUUUGAGAUAACCUCUUCAUUGUCACCAUUUCACUUUUAAAUAUGUGACAUUGCUGCUAGUGUAAUAUUGGAAGGUGAAUUCAAAAGGAAUUCUGGAGUCUUAAAGUUUGUGAAUUUGGAUGAGUUGAAAUAUUAAUGUUACCAAUAUUUGACUUUGGAGGAUAUGAUUUGGAUAUUGAUAUAAUCAAAAUUAUGGUUUCCUUCAAAACACUAACUUUUUAAAGUUGGAUUGUUAGAUUUAUAUUCUUAUAGCUUCAGCUAUGUAAAACUGUUGUCUACACUUUUAAUAGAAGCCAUUUCUUUUGUAAUUAUGAUAUAAUUUUAAGAUGAGUGGGGGAAGAGAUUUCACUUGCUGUAAUGAGAACGAUAAAACACAAGGCAACCUCUGAUCUAUAUGUACAACUGCUGCAUUUUUAUAAAUAUGUGUAAAUGUCCUUCCUAAUGUAAUAUUUUGAUCCUGAAAAUAAAUCAGACAUUUUCACUA